AUGCCUCCCGGUGUGGUGGCCGCCCCUCGCAGCGCGGCGGACGGCUGCUUCUGCGUCUCAUGCGCGGACGGUGGGAAGAUGCCGUACUUCAGCGACAACUCUGUCUUUUCAAAAGCGGAGAUAGACCAGCUCAUCAGCGAGAGCUUCCUGACGGUCAAAGGGGCGGCCCUCUUCUUGCCUCGUGGAAAUGGCUCUUCUUCUUCUGCAGGUUCACGCUUCACGCAACUCCGCAGCAAACAUGCAGGAGACAUCCAGCAGCAUCUCCAGACGAUGUUCACGCUCCUCAGACCGGAGGACAACAUCAAACUGGCGGUGCGUCUGGAGAGCGUGCACUCCCAGAUUACACGUUACAUGGUGGUCGUCUCCACAAACGGACGUCAGGACACGGAGGAGAGCGUGGUGUUGGGGAUGGACAUCAGCCCCAUCGACAGUUCGUGCUCUGUAGGGAUGGUGUUGCCUUUGUGGAGCGACACGCUGAUCCACCUGGACGGAGAUGGCGGCUUCAGCGUCUCGACCGACCAAAAGAUCCACGUCUUCAAACCGGUCUCUGUGCAGGCCAUGUGGUCGGCGCUCCAGUCCCUGCACAAAGCCUGCGAAGUGGCCCGCUCGCACAACUACUUCCCGGGAAGCCUGUUCCUCACGUGGGUCAGCUACUACCAGAGCCGCGUCUCCUCCGACCAGGCGCGCAUCAACGAGUGGAACGCCAUGCAGGACGUGGAGUCGCACCGCGCCGACUCCCCCGUGCUCUUCUCCGACGUACCCACUGAACGAGAGCGGACCGAGCGGCAGAUCAAAACCAGUUUGAGAGAAAUCAUGAUGCAAAAGGACCUGGAAAAUGUCACCAGCAAAGAGAUCCGCACGGAGCUGGAGAUGGCCAUGACGUGCAACCUCCGCGAGUUUAAGGAGUUCAUUGACAACGAGAUGAUCAUAAUCCUGCGGCAGAUGGACAGCCCCACAGAAAUAUUCGACCAUGUUUUCUUGGGAUCAGAGUGGAACGCGUCCAAUUUGGAGGAGUUGCAAAACGGCGGGGUCCAGUACAUUCUGAACGUAACGCGAGAGAUCGACAACUUCUUCCCCGGUUUGUUCGAAUACCACAACAUCCGGGUUUACGACGAAGAGGCCACUGACCUUCUGGCCUAUUGGAACGACACGUACAAGUUUAUCGCUCGAGCCAAGAAAGCUGGCUCCAAAUGUCUGGUGCACUGUAAAAUGGGGAUCAGUCGCUCUGCUGCCACGGUGAUCGCGUACGCCAUGAAAGAAUACGGCUGGGACCUGAACAAAGCCUUCGAUUACGUCAAAGAACGACGGACUGUGACCAAACCCAACCCCUCCUUCAUGAGACAGCUGGAGGAGUAUCAGGGCAUUCUCGUGGCCAGCAAACAGAGACACAACAAACUGUGGCGUUCUCACUCCGACAGCGACCUCUCCGAGCACCACGAGCCUUUGUCCAAGACCCUCGCUCAGCCCAACAGCCUGGGCCACGCCGACCCGCACAACCAGACCCCCACCUCCGGUCCCUCCGUCAGAGAACUGCUGGAGUCUCUGGGGGCCCCUCGCUCCACCAGAUCCUCCUCGCUCCAGGCCGACGGCAAACCCAAACACACCUCCUCCUCGUCUGUAGAAGGCCUCGCCACGCUCUCGGCUCAGAGCCUGCCCUCCACGCCGCUCUCAUCUCCGCCGCUCUCCAACGGCGUGUGUGACGAGCUCUCCUUCAUGCCUCCGCCUCCGUCUCUACCUCUGUCCCAGCCCCGCGCCGCCACCGUCAUGCCCCCCGCUGGCGUGUCCAUGGUGGCGCAGUGCGUGUCUCUCGGCCAACUGCACCCGCCUCCUCUACCGCACCACCUCCCGCCUUCGCCCGGGCAGAAGCCACCACCCCCACUGCCGCCGCUGUUGUUGUUGUCGUGUCCCGUGGUCAAACCGUUGCCAGUGUCCGUGCCUCAGCCCUUUGCCAUUCGCGCCCCGCCAGGACCCAAGAGUGCGUCCGCAGCAGUGCCUGACAACAACACAGACUGUGAGCAACACUUGUGUGCGUUGUCCCUGACGGCCCACACGCCACCGGCCACGUUCAGCGGCCACCCCAGUGCCAUUCCUCAGGACGGCGAGGCGCUCUUGGCUCACAGCGCCGACCACAUCAACUUCUUCAGUGCCAGGGAAAAGUUCAAGGGGAUGACUAAGGACGGGAAGACGGCGGCGAAGAAGGAGGAACAGUUGGUGCCGACAGAAGCUGGGAGCGAAGAGAGAGAUGGUGUUAAAAAAAAGGAAACAGCUGUUCCUGUGCCGGCCGCAGGACCUAAGCCUGACCCAAACGUGAACAAGUCGAAGCAGCUCGAUGUUUUAUCACAAGAGGAAGCUGUCGGUGCAAAAGAGGAAGCGAAACACAAAGAGGAAGAGGAGGCGCCGCGGCUCUACAACGACUGGACCAGGGGCUCGGUGCGGCGCGUCACACGGCAGCUCGAGCAGCGCAUGCGGAAAGACCAGGACGUGCCCUCCCCCUCCUCCUCCCCGCCCCAGCUGUCCGGAGCCUGGACCCAGCGCCGAACAGCCAGCCUCCCGUCCGCUCUGGGCUCCGGUGUCCAGGACGCGCCGUGUGCGGAGGUGUCUGUGGUCAGCCCAGUGCAGGAGGAGCAGGAGGAGCAGGAGGAGCGGCAGCAGGAGGAGCAGGACCGCGACAUGCUCAAGCACAACUACAGAAGCACAAAAGGAGCCAAGGUCUUUCCUGCUGAGAGGUCUCUGUCUACCUCCGGUCACUACACUGGCCACUCCCCCUUCGCCUCGGUCAACUUCCUGUGUCUGGAGGGCGUCACGGAGCUGGAGUCCGCCACAGACUGGGACGGUCCGGCUCCGGGCGGCGACAUCAUCAUGAGGGAGACCUGGGAGACACUGUGCGAGCUGGGGGCCUUCCUGCAGCAGGUGAGGGAAGGGGGUGGAGCGCGGAGAGUGGCCCAGACCCGCGGCCCCGGCAGCAGCAGCAGCAGCAUCCAGCGGCGCAUGCGGGAGGUGGAGGCGCGGAUCCGGCAGGCGGGACUCACCCCCCCCUCCCUCAUGAAGCGCUCCGCCUCCCUGGCCAAGCUGGGCUGCCUAGAGCUGCUGGCCAACGAGCUGAGUGAUUGGGAGCUGACCCGCCCGGCCCCUACCUCCUCCCCCUCCCCCUCCUCGUCCUCCUCCCCCUGCACCCCCCACGCGGCCAACGACGAGUCCAAGAAGCAGCGCGUCCACCGCUCGCCCUCCUCCUUGUUAUCCAACCAGCCCCCCCAGUCUGAGGCGCGGGACGUCCCAGCUGGACCACCCCGCUCCCCCAGCCCCACGCCCCCGGAGCAGGACCCGCUGGUAGUGAACCCCGGCACAACACGGCAGCAGUACGGGCGGACUCACCCCCUACGCAGACUUAAGAAAAGGACCGGGACCCUUUACCACACCAUGUGA